AUGUCAACUGAACAUAUUCAUCGUUUAUCAACAUCUUCUACUUCAUCUAUUUCUUCAAUGUCAAUUGAUGAUAUUCAUAUCUUAUCAAUCUCUCCUGCUUCAUCUAUUUCAACAACAAUGUCAAUUGAUGAUAUUCAGAUUUUAUCCACCUCUCCUGUUUCAUCUACUACUACAUCAUCAAACACAAAUGUUUCAACAUUUUCUUCUUCGUCAAAUACAAAUGUUUCAUCAUCUUCUUCGUCAAAUUCGUUAUCAUAUUCUAGUGAACGAAUAUGUUAUUUAUUAAAACAUGAAAAACAACAAUACGAUAUUGUUGAUAAUAAUAAAUCAUCUCCUAAAAUACUAAAACGAUUUAUCGGAUCAAUUUUAAAACAUCAACGGUCAAUAAAUAAUUCACCAGCUUUUUCUGAUGAAAUUCUUUGUCAUCUUUUUUCAUCUAAUCCAUCAUCAUUAGCAACAGUAAAAGCGGUUCGUGAUCAAUAUGAACGCUUAAUUGAAGAAAAGAGCUCGAUGUAUGAUCGUUUAUUUCUUCAACAAUCUCGUACUUGUGAAUUAAUAAAGGAAUUAUGUGAUGCAAAAGACAAAGAAAACCUAGAAAACAAAAGAAAACUUAUGUUUUAUCAAGGGACAUUACAUAGUCGGGGACUAAUGGAAGUAUUUCGUGGUUAUUUACAAAGUGUUAUACAACCAAAUAGUACAACACCAAUGUCAAUAAAAAAAUUAUAUAAAAAAAUGAUUGAUAUGACUAUUAAUUCUUCCAAAAGCAAUUCAAUUAUUACUUGUAUCGUUCAUGAUAUGUUUCAAUGUAUGAAAAUCGAUUGGAAUAAUUUAUCUAAUGAUGAAAAAAUGAAUAAGUCAAAUCAAUUAAUACAAAAAUUAGACAAUCUUUAUUCAUUAUUAUCUGAAUCAAUUCAUGCAAUGAAAAAAUCUAGACAUGAUCAAGAAUUUAUAAUUUGUUCAAAUAAUUUGAACGAUAAUCAAAUUUGUUUAAUUAAAUGUAUAGCAAUACAUUUUCUACGUCUUGAUCAUAAUAGCAUUCAUAUUGAAAAAUAUUAG